GUGAAUUGAAGUCGUGCAGGCGCGAUAAGUCACAAAGGAUGUUGUAUUUCCUCCUUAUCCACGCUGCCAAUGUAUUUGUUUGUGCAAUAUGAUUUUUUCCGCUUAUCUUAAGAACACAACUAAAUUGUUUUUUCAAAAUAACUUUACAAUAAUUAUAGAGUGCUCGGUAGUAGCGCAACGACGUUCAAGCCCAGUGGGUAACGGUUUAUUUUGGGCAGCAAGCCUGCAGCGAACAAAGCGUGACGUGUCAAAAGAAAAAAAUUUUGUCUAAAAAUAUAUGGUAUUACGCGGUAGCAACGAAACACGUGAGAACUUAACACUAUAAAAAUGCAAUGGAUUAACAUUAACGUGUUGCUAGUGUUGGUGUUGUUGAUUCAACUCAAUGUCAACGCUGCACGCAUCAAUGCCAAACCACAUACCAAACAGCAUACGAAAUUUCUAAAAUAUCAGCAGCUACAACAAAAGCAUAAAAAGUUGGGACCACACGCGGUUGAACGUGCACACAAUGAAGUGACUACAACACACCGGAUACAACGAUUGCAACGAACGGAAGUGCCCCCAUUACAGUUGCCACAUGAGCACACGCAACAGUUGGCAAUCGACACGCUACAAUGUCCGACCGGUUGUGUCUGUCAGUAUGCGCCUUUUGCCGAGCUGUCCAUAUCACGUUGGAUACAACACAUGCAAGCGCAACGACCAGGUGCGGAGCAAGUGGACAAUAUUUGGUCUAAUGAGCGUGCGAGCAGCAACAGCAACGAGGCCACAUACGAAAACUUUGAUAACGACGCUAAUGAUGAUGUGUACACGAUAAAUCCUUAUAUGAAACAGGCUACUUGUAUACUGCAAGAGGAGAGCGACGUGGAGGACUUGAUACAGAAGUUGCCACAUGAUUUGCAUGCUUUGAUAUUGCUUUACACAAGCAGUGGUAGAAAUAAAAGCAUCAAUCUGAGCACGCUGAAGCCACUCAAUCAACUCACCACAUUGGAAGUACGCGGUGGCCUCAAUCGCUCCUUGCGCGUACUCUUCGAUCAAUCGCUGGGUUUUCUGCAAUAUGCCAAUUUCGAAUCGGUCACACUGUUGGGCAGUGAAGAUUACAAGCGUCCCAAGAAUUCCGUCCAUCCCAAAGAUAGUUACGAUUACAAGCCGCGCAGUGAAUCGUAUGACGAUUUGGAUGCUUUGGCUUUUGCGCCACUCGACGAUUACGAUGACAAUAUAGUGCCGUACGAUAUUUACAAACAGGAAUUGAUAAAAGCGCGCAUGCCCACAUUCUACGGGUGGGAGCAUUUGCAAGUUUUGCGCAUACACGGUUGUCAAUUGAACGAACUGCGUUGGGAGAUGUUUGACGGUCUGACUGCUUUGGAUCACUUAUCGUUGGAACGCAACGGUAUUACAGAGGUGCCACCAUUCUCCUUCUAUGGCGCUCUACAUAUACAAACGCUGUCGUUGGCACAUAAUUUGAUACACGACUUGCAUUAUCGCGCUUUAGCCGGUCUGCUGGAGUUGGAAGUGCUCGAUUUAAGCGACAAUCGUUUGGAUAAAUUGAGUGAACGCAGUUUUCCACCCUUUCCAAAAUUGGUGCGCGUUGAUUUUCGUAGCAAUCCCAUUAGAAAUAUAUUACCGGCCAGUUUUUGGGUUAUGAAUUCAACACUUUCGAUGCAUUUUGAUUCGCAAACAAUGGCGUUGCGCUUGAAAAACAAUCAACCUUUCGAAUCGCUAGUGGAGCUGCAGGAGUUGCAUAUUGGAAAUGUGUCAGUCGGGAAUUUGGGGCAAAAUAUGUUUAAGGGCUUGACAGCGCUGGAGAAGCUAACGUUGCAUGGCAACAUACGUAGCAUCGAGUUCGACGCCUUCGCAAGUCUACACAAGCUACGCGAACUUGAAUUGAGUCAUUGUGGCAUACAAGAGCUGUCAAUGGACGCUUUUAUCGAUUGUCGUGCGCUGGAAGUGCUAGAUUUGUCCUAUAAUAACAUCUCCUACUUUCCACCUGGCCUACUCGAUGAUCAACCGCAAUUGGAGGAAAUCUACUUGCAAGGCAAUCGUUUACGCACACUGCCACACACAUUCUUUCUGCGUCCGAAAUUGCGUUUAGCACGGCUUAACGAAAAUCCAUGGGAAUGUAGUUGUGAGAUGUACAAUUGGCGUCCCAAGAUUACUAAUCAAGUGCGUGGUCCACGCACGAAACGUUGCAUCACCGAUUAUACGACGGGUAAGCAAAUUUCAUGCCGACGUGUGGAUAGUUACGUCUAUGAGAAUCGCUAUGCACCACGUUGUAGCAAUCACAACGAACGUAGCGUCUUCUAUGUAAUACAUAAACAAUUGAAUUGUGCUCCUGGACGUGUGGUGCUAACUAAGAAGCAACAACAUUCACAUACGCCACAACAAAACAGCAUAUUGCCACGGCCGGGUGGUAAACAGCCUAUGCCACAUUGGCGUAAAAUUGAGCAGAGCAAAUUGAAAUUAAUGAAAAACAAAAACCAAACACAAGUGCACGCGGUCAGAGUGAUAGAUGGGCAGCCAAAAACCGUUAUUGCAUUGACACAAAGGAAUACAUUGACAUACGCAAUGCAACAGGAACGCGCCAAACGUGUGGAACAUGUUGCAGAAGAAGAAGAUAAUAAUAAUAUUUCAAAUGAUAUAUAAUAUAGAAUAAUAUAUAUAAAAAAAUGGUAUUUGUUGUACACGAACAAUGACAUCAUGUGAAUUUUGAAGCGCUAAAGUUUUGGUCUACAAGAACCUGAUAGAUAAGAAGCGAGCUUUGGUUGUCUUAAGUUAAAUAAAUAAUCAAAAAAAUUAAUUGUUAGAUUGUCAUAUUUUUAGUUUGUUAUAUGCAUUAGUUUAAGC